AUGGCAAGCCAACAAACUAUAAGCAAUUGGCCAAAAGAAUUGGAUGAUCCUAACAAUAGCGAUGGUUUGAAAUUCAAACAAUUUCUGAAGCACUUUAUACUCAAAUUCAUUGCAAAACUGGAAAUUGCCUCCAAAGUUGUAGAAAACGAAGAGAGUGCACCACUAGGCAAAACAGGAAAAGGUGUGAAAGUUGCAUUCAAUUUCUUGGGGAGCGCGGCUUCAGAUACAGCAACGGCAGUCACAGGCGUAGUAUCAAGCGUUUUUAGAUGUUCUGCUAUUGUAAACAGCAUAAUACAGUUGUUGGGCGAAGGUAUUGUAUGGUAUCUCCAAAAAUGCAAGAGAGAGAAAUUGAAAGAACUUAUUGACAAAAUAGCACCCGAUAAUGACGAUACCACAUUGGCAAUCUCAAUGAUGGCUUUGGAAAUCUUGUUCAUGUUUGAACAACAAAUACAUUAUAUCUCCGAUGAAAUCGAUUAUCAUUAUAUUAAAAAAUUUGCUAAUGACAUGACUGAUGCUAUUAUUGAAGCCUUCGUGAACGAAAAGUCAAAGCCAGUUGAUCGAGCUAAGUUUGCUAUCAAAAGUAUUGCCUGCCCUGGUUUUAGCAAGAAAAACAGGGAUUCCUGCCUGUCAAAAGGUACUGGAAGUGAAUUAAAAGUUUUAGCAGAAAAUGGAGAGAAAAAGAUCAAAACCUCCAAGUUAUUUAAAAAUAUUGGCAUUAGGACUGUCGAGGACAACACAGUAAAGUACUACAAAUUGAAGGGGGAAAAAAGCGACAUUUGUGAAUAUGGCUUCCGCCAAAAAUCAUUCCUUGAGGGCUCUGGCUCAAUCAAUAAAGAAUCUUACGAGCUUUUGGAUUCAUCUGCUAUUGAAAAAAACUUCAAAUAUCAGACCCAAUUGGGCAAAGUUGAAAAUGUUGAAGAUCUAAAACACUAUGCUCAAAAUAUAUUAAACGAGGUCUUAGUAGACGAAAAGUCAUUGAUAGUAACGAUGCUUGAUAGAAUAAAGGAAGACGUACAAAGUUUAAAUGACGAUGUUAUGAAACCAGUCCAAGCUAACAUUGAAAAAAUUUUAGAAACUUUAAAUAAUGUCUCCGAUAUUAAUAACAGCAUUGACGACAUAAAGAAAUUAACGCAGUUGAUAAAAGACAUUACGGAAAAAAAUAAUUCACUAUUGGAUCGUUUUGCUGAACAAUAUGACAAAGUGAUAUGUCGUUUAGAAAGUAUAGAUAGCCGAACUGAACGGAUAGAAGGUACAACUGAAAGGAUUGACGACAGAACUGAAAGGAUAGAUGGCCGAACUGAACGGAUAGAAGAUACAACUGAAAGGAUUGAUGACAGAACUGAUAGAAUCGACGGCAAAACUGAAAGGAUAGAUAGCCGAACUGACACGGAUAGAAGGUACAACUGA